CCGGCAGUUUUCCUCCCGUCACUGAGGCUGAUCGAAAAGAACACGUUGAAGGCUCUCUGUAUAACGAAAGGGCGAGAACUCUUCACUCCCUCUCUACUCUCUCCUAAACUCCCUCCAAAAAUUUCAUAAAGAAGGCAAAUUAUAAAAAAAAAAAGGGAAAAAAGAGGGAAAAAAGAGGGAAAAAAAACAAGGGACUUAAGAUAAUUCCCCUUCUUCCACACGGAUAUAUUAUAUUGACCAUCUUCUAGAUCCUUCCCCACUGGACUCUACUUCCUACCUAGCUAGCUUACUCACGGAGUACCUACGGUCCUAUCUAUCAUUCUUACUUUCCGUCUGGCCACCUGGCGUUCAUGUCUUGAUAUCUCUCCCCUCAUUUCCUCUCCUCUCUUCUCCCUGGUCUCUUUCCUGCCAGUCCUGGUCAGCUAUCCAGUCUUUAUAGUUGACCAUGGAGCAUUCUUUUCUUUCCUCCCCGGCUCACGUCCUGGAGCACUUCGAUGUCUCCGAGCAUAAUGGCUUGUCCAAGGAUCAGGUCUUGCAAUCCAAAAAUACGCAUGGUCUAAAUGCCCUCGCGGAAGAACCUCCAACCCCCCUCUGGGAACUGGUGCUGGAACAAUUCAAAGAUCAGUUAGUCCUCAUUCUUUUGGGCUCGGCUGCCAUCUCGUUUGUCCUGGCUCUUUUUGAAGAUGGGGACGAUUGGACUGCCUUUGUCGAUCCUGUCGUCAUUUUGACUAUUUUGAUCCUCAAUGCAAUUGUCGGCGUGACCCAAGAAAGCAGCGCAGAAAAGGCCAUUGCCGCCCUUCAAGAAUACUCCGCAAAUGAGGCUACCGUGGUUCGCGAUGGUGUCGUUCAGCGCGUCAAGGCGGAGGAACUCGUUCCCGGAGACAUUGUCCACGUUGCUGUUGGAGAUCGUGUGCCCGCGGAUUGUAGGCUCGUUGCUGUUCACAGCAAUAGCUUCCGAGUGGAUCAAGCUAUCUUGACUGGCGAGAGUGAAAGUGUAGCCAAGGAUACCCAGGCUAUCAAGGAUAAACAGGCUGUGAAGCAAGAUCAGACGAACAUGCUUUUCUCGGGCACCACUGUCGUCAAUGGACAUGCGACGGCCAUUGUUGUUUUGAUUGGCGCGUCGACCGCCAUCGGCGACAUCCACGAAAGCAUUACUUCCCAAAUCUCGGAGCCCACCCCGCUGAAGCAGAAGCUCAACGAUUUUGGUGAUAUGCUGGCCAAGGUUAUCACGGUCAUCUGUAUUCUCGUGUGGCUUAUUAAUAUCGAACACUUCAAUGAUCCCUCCCAUGGUGGCUGGACCAAGGGUGCCAUCUACUAUCUCAAGAUUGCCGUGUCCCUUGGCGUCGCUGCCAUUCCCGAAGGCCUCGCUGUGGUCAUUACCACCUGUUUAGCGCUGGGGACUCGCAAGAUGGCCCAGAAGAAUGCUGUCGUCCGCUCCCUGCCUUCCGUUGAGACCCUUGGCAGCUGCAGCGUCAUCUGCUCUGACAAAACGGGUACCUUGACCACGAACCAGAUGAGCGUGGAAAAGAUCGUCCAUCUGUCUGAAUCCGGCUCUGAUGUUGAGGUUAUCGAUGUGGAAGGGACAACCUUCGCUCCCGAGGGCAAACUUUCAUCCAACGGUAAGGUUGUACACAACCUGGCUGUCUCUUCUUCGACGGUCCAACAGAUGGCGGAAGUCAUGGCGCGUUGCAACAGCGCCACGCUUGCUCAUGACGAGAAGACCGGCACAUUCUCUUGUAUUGGGGAACCUACUGAGGGCGCGCUGCGUGUCCUCGUCGAGAAGAUCGGUACUGAUGAUGCUGCGACCAACGAGAAACUCCUCCAGUUGCCUGUGUCGCAGAGGCUCCACGCUUCGAGUUCAUAUUAUGAAGAUCGUCUUCCGCUGAAGGCCACGUACGAAUUUUCCCGUGAUCGCAAGUCUAUGUCCGUCCUCGUUGGCAAUGGAAAGCACCAGAGACUCCUGGUCAAAGGUGCCCCGGAAUCUAUCCUCGAUCGUUGUUCCUACGUCGUUCUCGGCGCAAAUGGUCCCCGCGUGCCCCUGACCAAAGCCCACUCCGAUCUUCUGUCCGCUGAAGUUGUGGAGUAUGGAAAUCGUGGUCUUCGUGUGAUUGCUCUGGCUAGUGUGGACGAUGUGGCAACGAAUCCUCUUCUGAAGAAUGCCCAAACGUCGGAGGAAUACGCCCAACUGGAACGCAACAUGACUCUUAUUGGCCUCGUCGCAAUGCUUGACCCCCCUCGCGUGGAGGUAGCCGACUCCAUCAACAAAUGUCGCGAGGCUGGUAUUCGUGUGAUUGUCAUCACUGGCGAUAACCGUAACACCGCCGAGUCUAUCUGUCGCCAAAUUGGGGUCUUUGGUCAGGAUGAAGAUCUCCGGGGCAAGAGUUACACGGGCAGAGAGUUUGAUGAUCUCUCUCACAGUGAACAGCUCGAAGCGGUCAAGACGGCUUCUCUCUUCUCUCGCACGGAACCCACGCACAAGUCUAAGCUGGUCGAUCUCCUUCAAUCUCUCGGCCAUGUGGUUGCCAUGACUGGCGAUGGCGUCAACGAUGCACCGGCCCUGAAGAAGUCCGAUAUUGGUGUGGCUAUGGGUACCGGCACUGAUGUGGCCAAGCUCGCGGCCGAUAUGGUCCUGGCUGAUGAUAACUUCGCAACCAUUACCGUUGCCGUUGAGGAAGGACGGUCGAUCUACAGCAACACGCAGCAGUUUAUCCGAUACCUCAUCUCCUCGAACAUUGGAGAGGUGGUGUCAAUCUUCCUGACCGCGGCCUUGGGUAUGCCCGAAGCGUUAAUCCCCGUCCAGCUUCUGUGGGUCAACCUGGUCACGGAUGGCCUGCCUGCCACUGCCCUGUCGUUCAAUCCUGCCGACCAUGACGUGAUGCGACGCCCCCCGAGGAAGCGCGACGAGCCUCUGGUUGGUGGUUGGCUCCUCUUCAGAUAUAUGGUUAUUGGUACCUACGUCGGCGCAGCUACUGUCUUUGGCUAUGUGUGGUGGUUCCUCUACAACCCAGAGGGGCCCCAAAUCUCUUUCUGGCAACUGUCCCACUUUCACAAGUGCUCUUCCCAGUUCCCUGAAAUUGGCUGCGAGAUGUUCACCAACGACAUGUCCCGCUCCGCAUCCACCGUUUCCCUCUCGAUUCUUGUGGUUAUUGAGAUGCUGAACGCGAUGAACGCGUUGUCAUCCAGCGAAUCUCUUCUCACCUUUGGUCUAUGGAACAACAUGAUGCUUGUGUAUGCGAUUAUUCUCUCGAUGACGUUGCAUUUCGCGAUCUUGUACAUUCCCUUCUUGCAAGGGCUGUUCUCCAUUCUUCCAUUGGGUUGGAUCGAGUGGCAAGCAGUGUUGGGAAUCAGCGCUCCUGUUAUGUAAGUUUUCCUCUCUGAUUUUUUGUUCCUUAUAGAACCCCCUUGGCUAACCUGAUGCAACAGUCUCAUUGAUGAGAUUCUGAAAGUUAUGGAGCGUCGCCUAUAUAACAUCCCCGCUAGUACCCCUGUCGAACAAGCCAACGGAGCGGUGUCGAAGCCUAAGAAGGCGUAAAGCGGGUUGAUGAA